CCAAGUAAUCGUUCGUACUUCCACGUCAGCAAUUCAGCAUAGACACUGAAUAAAUUAUUGCAAUUGAAUCUGCAUGUAAAAUGUCGAGAUUACUUUUAAUAUUGAUAAUAAAAUUCACCAUGCUAAUUUCGAGGGGCGAUUCUGGUGGACCUCUGCACGAGUUCGAAACAACUAACAUUCUCCCUCUGGUGUUGAUAAGAAUAGGACAGAAUGAGUUCAUUCAUCCCACAAAUUUGGCCAUCUCGAUGACAUGGCGAGCAAAUUUCAUUUUUGGAACAGAAUUUUCUGCCUCUAAAAAAGGAGAUCAGUCAUUUUUCUGCGGAUGUGAACCAAAAGACGAAAACACCAUUACUCCAACUAAUAAAGAAAACGUUGACCUGGAAGAUGAGUAUUGCACUUAUGAGCUUGUUAAAUCUAAACCUAAAGUAGAAAAUAAAAUUGAACAUGUUGAACCUGAAUCUGAAGUAGAACAUGAACCUAAUGAGGAACCUGAACCAAAUGAAGUUAAACUUGAACCUAAAGUAGAACAUGAACCUAAUGAGGAACCUGAACCAAAUGAAGUUAAACUUGAACCUAAAGUAGAACAUGAACUUGAACUUGUUAAACCUGAACCUGAAGUAGAACAUGAACUAGAACUUGUUAAACCUGAAUCUGAAGUAGAACAUGAAUCUAAUAAGGAACAUGAACCGGAUGAAGAACCACAAUUUUUGAAAUGUACGCGAGACCCAGAGCCCUUUGUAAAAAAGCUAACUGAAACGAAACCUACUGGGGAAGAAACGGAAGUGCGAUGUGGAUCUGAGUCUGAUGUAAAAAAAACAAAAGGCGAAAUGUUUGCAUUUAUGUAUAAUAUAAAACUUAACAAUGGUCAAACGGGGAACUUCGAAGUGUUCAGAUUUUGUUAUGACGUGAUUAAUAGAAUAGUAAUAUUCACAGAUCAUGUUAUCAGAGCCACUGCCUUACUGAAUCCUGAUAAUCUGAUGUUUGAAUAUGAACGAAGUAUAGAAUACAAAAUGUCAAAAAAAUCGUUCGGCAAUUUUGGUGCAGAAUAUGAAACACUUGAAUUCGCAUACACAGAACUAAAAUUGGAAAAAGAAGCGAAGGAAUAUACGGAUGAUACACUCGAGAAAUCGGAGAUCACUCAUAAGUUCCUACUAAGUGAUCAAAAACUUGUACCAAGUGAUGACAUGGCGUUUGCGCAAUGGAGAAAAACGACUGAUCAUUUUUUGAAUACUAUGCCGAUGGAAGAUGGUAAAAUAGAACUAUGGAAUCACAUUAGUAAUAUAAUCAGAAACGAUGCGAUAAAUAAAUCCAGAGAGUAUCGGAUAUACACUGGCACAUUUGAUGUAUCAAAUGAUGGUAAGGAUGACAACGAAGUAAUCCAAUCACCAGAUUUUUGGAUAAAAAUCGUACAUUAUGAAUGGAAGGACAACGGCAAAGAACAGAACGAAUCUAUAGCAGUAGUUAUGAUUCAUAACCCAAAACUUGAAGACACCAAAUUCUUGUUUAAAGAAUUUUGUAAAGACAAGAACUAUUGUGCAGGCAAGUUCAAAGACAAAUUUCCAGAGUACAAUGAAUCUAUUUGUUGUGUUCAUCCUGUAGUAGUUGGUAGCUUCUUUUUUAAUUUACAAUUUCAUACUCACGACGUUCUCAAUAUAGAAAUAUAAUUUUAAGUAGGUAUGAAGUCUUAUUUUUUAUUUAAAAUUUCGUACUCACAGGAUUCUCAAGAUAAAAAUAUAAUUCUAAGUAGGUAUAAAGUAAAUGUCUAUAAGUUAAUAAUGAAAAUCCUGAUAGAAACCCGGAUCAUUAAGCUAUACAAUAUUCAUUUUAUGUGCAGUUUGUUGAGGAAGCAUUUUCAAUGU